GCUUCGGGAGGCCUAUUGGGCGACGCCUUCCUCCAUCUCAUACCGCACGCCAUUGAAGCCCAGGAAAGCCAUUCAGAGCACCCGCACAGUCACUCUCACAGCCAUUCGCACUCGCAUUCAGAACACCCCACGGAUGGCGAGCCUCACGUACACGACCUGUCCGUCGGCCUCUGGGUUUUGGCCGGAAUUAUAGCCUUCUUAAUGGUCGAGAAGUUUGUGCGGAUUGUUAAGGGAGACCACGGGCACAGCCAUAGUCAUCAUUCAAAUACCGGUGCCGUCGCUAAGCGUAAGCACAAGACGACUGAUAAGAAGACCGACGAACAGAAGACGGACUCGAAGUCAGGAAAUGAUAGCAAUUCAGACACAGAAAUAGAAGGCGAUAACGAUUUGGACCACAAGUCUGGCGACGAAGAGGACGAACAGAAGUUGACCACAGAAUCGGAUUCACCGACAGGUGAUGUCAAAGUAGCGGCGUAUCUGAAUCUGGCGGCAGAUUUCACUCAUAACCUGACGGACGGUCUGGCAAUCGGCGCCUCCUAUUUGGCCGGAAAUAGCAUCGGAAUAGUGACGACAAUCACGAUUCUGUUGCAUGAAGUGCCGCAUGAGAUCGGAGAC